GGGUAAAGAGCGGAAGUAAGAUGGCGGCAGGGUUGACAGCUGAGGUGUUGUGUCUCUGAUGGUGAUACUGUACUCAAAACAACCUGAUAUCAUCUUAAGGAGGGACACAGACAUCAGGAUGGCAGAUGAAAAUGAGAAACCUGCUGUAGCUUCUUCUGUGUUUGUCUACCAGAAAGAUAAAGCACAAAAAAGGUCAGCAGAGAGGUCCAGCUCAGAGGAUGGAGAGGACUCUGAUAAAGAUGAUGGCAUUUACUGCCUUGCUGCCAAAAGAGGAAGAACUUCUUCUUUUACACACUCCGUUUCUAAGAAUAAUACUAUCAUGCCAUCCAAUAUCAGUCAGUCACCAACGUCAGACUCUGACUCAGAACCUGAGGAGAAGACAGUGGGGUUUCGCCUAAAGCCCCCAACGCUGAUCCACGGGCAGGCGCCCAGUGCUGGUGUCCCCAGUCCUAAACCCAAAGAAGCACAGCGCAGUAUCCUGCGACCACCUGUCCUGCAGCCUCCUCCGACCAGAACCCCGCCUCAGAGCGACACAAGCUCAAAUGGAUUGAAUGAGCCCUCAGAUGCUGACUCAAGUACAGCUGCGCAGGAUAACCAGCUGUCAUCUAUGAAGAACAGCAAAAGCUUUGAUGAAAAGACAAGCAACAAAUCUGAAGGACAUGACGCUCCUGUCGAAACCACAUUUGUAUUUGGACAAAACAUGAAGGAACGAGUAAAGGUGGAUAGACGUUCAUCUAAGGAUAAUUGUCCUUCGGCCAAAAAGGAAACAAAUUACUUCUUGCAGUACAUCACUUCCAGCACACAGAAAGCCAAUGACGGCGAUGCCAAAAGCGCAAAGUUUGUCUUUGGCCAGAACAUGUCAGAUCGAGUCCUGACACUGCCACAAUUCAGCGCAGAACCAGCAGGAGGCAGCAGAGACCAGCAGUCGGACGUCACCCUAUUUGGACAGAUUCUCCCCUCACACGAUCAAAACUUGGAGAAGGGUGACAACACGAAAGAUUCUCUGGAGGAGUCUGCGGCUCGUCACGAAGCCCACAAACCCCAGAAGUGUUUAUUGGAGCGGGUGGAGGUGAAGACGGGAGAGGAGUCGGAGAGCAACGUGCUACAGAUGCAGUGUAAGCUGUUUGUGUUUGAGGUGGUCUCUCAGUCAUGGGUGGAGAGAGGAUGUGGAGUGCUCCGACUCAAUGACAUGUCAUCCGCUGAUGACGGCAUGCUACAGUCCAGACUGGUCAUGAGGACCCAAGGAAGUCUUCGAGUGAUUCUCAACACAAAGAUCUGGCCUCAGAUGCAGGUGGAUAAAGCCAGUGAGAAGAGUCUCAGAAUAACCGCCAUGGACACAGAGGAGCAGGGUGUUAAAGUCUUCCUCAUCGCUUCUAGCUCUAAGGAUGCUGCGCAGCUGUUUGCAGCGUUACAUCAUCGCACCCUGGCACUGCGGAGCACCGGUGGGCAGGAGUCAGAGGGGCAGCCGGCUGUCCCUGAGGGUGAAGUCGCCCGCUUCAGUGACGACGAUGCGUCCCGCACGCCCCCCUCCACAGCUACACCCGCAUCAGGUAAUCCAGAAGCAGGUGUGUGUCCAUCCACAGGGGACACAAAGUGCUAAAUCUGCAGCUUAUCUCAAUCCUACAAUGCCUCACUGGAAGGCCCUCAAGAAAAUACUAUGCAGGUGAAUCUCUCCAAACUCCUGCUCUUUUAUUUCAUUUUUAACAGCAAAAAACUUUUAAGGACUACACACACAAAACGCUCUCGACAUCAUCAUAUUGAUGAGAAGGAGAGACUCAUUAUAAUUUCAAACGUGAACUUCUUCGUAUGUGCGUUUGAUAGUUUCGGAUUCAUGCAGAUCAUGUUUAUUUUUACAUCUCGUCUUUCAUCACAGUUCUGCUCUGUUCCUCCUGCAUCUGCAAAAUCAUCCUUUACCUCCUCCUGCAAUGCUUUAGAUCUUCUCAGAAUGACCUCAGUUAAAUCAUGGGAUGUAUAUAACUCGACACAGCGCUGUGAAACAGCAAAACAGAUGUUUCUGCACUUAUCUGGGUUUUCUAAUCAGAAGCUGUGAUUAAGAUAAGACCUUAUUCGUUUUCUUCACAUUUCCUCUCUUUAUUUAACAUCUGCCGCACUUAAACAUCAUUAUGGGGUGGCGGUACUUCCUGUUAUUUAGCGUAACUGCUAGUUAUUUGAAAAGUGAACCUCACCACACAUGAAACUGUUGUAUAAAUACUACUGUAAUUUAUUCUUCACUUCAUGGUAAAUGCAAUAGUACUAUUUCAUACACAGUAUAUUUUUAUGAACAUGUCAUGUAUAUUAAGAGUUAAUGUAGUGUUGUAUAUAAGUUUAGGAUACAAACUUUUAUAGUGAAUUGUCUUAUUAAUGAUAAUUGUCUGUUACUAGAGCUACAGAUUGUUUAGUGUGUGCAGUGUUUUUCAUCCUGAAUAUUUUGUUUACUGUGAAACUUACCUUACUAGAGCAAAACAUUAAAGGGAUAGUUCACCCUAAAAAUGAAUUCUGUCAUCAUUUACUUACUCUCAGGUUGCCCCAAACCUGUAUACAUUUCUUUGUUAUGCAUAAAACAAAUUAAGAUAUUUAAAUAAAUGUUAAUAAGAGAUCUGGGGCACCAUUCACUUCCAUAGUAUAAUUUUUUCCUACAGUACAGUGUAAAAAUUCCUUGUUGCGCUUACAUUUUUAAGUCUAAUCAAUUUGAAAUGACAAAUUACAGUGAGGGGUAAAUUAUAAAAAUGAAAUAACUUUAGCUAAUUCUACUUUAAUUUCAUAAUUAUGAAAUUUAAUUUCAUAAUCAUAAUGGUGCUACUUAGCUGUAUUUUUUUAAGUUAUGAAGGUUAAAAUCAAAACAAACCAACUGCAGUUGAAUUGAUAUUAAUUGGAAUGCACAACCAAAAAACGAGAUUUCUAAAAAAAUAAAAAAACGGAGUUAUCUCAUUUUGAAACGAAACUCUUCAUUUAUAGUGACUCCUCACUAGUCAAGAAAGUUAAAAUGAAUUGUACAUUUUUACAGUAAAGCCAAUGGUGCCCCAGUUCUACUUGGUUACAAACACUCUUUAAAAUAUUGUCAUUUGUAUUCAGAAGAACAAAGACAUUUAUAGUUUUAUAGUUUGAACAACUUCAGGAUUAGUAAAUGAUGACAGAAUUUUUAUUUUUCUGUGAUUUAUCCCUUUAAUAUGUUUCUCAUUGAAUAGAUUGGAACGGCAAAUUUUUUGCUAUUUUUUUGUUUUAACAAGGUUGAGCAAUAUUUAUACAGGAACUGAAUUGUAUUUUGACAGCACGCAGCAGUAAAUAUCUGAUGUACCAAAACUGUCAGGAAUGUCCAAGUUAUAUUUCACCCCCCAGAAAAGUAAAAAAAAAAACAAUAAGACAUGGAAAAAAUUUUCUUUACAAUUAAAAUAAUAAUAUAUUUGUUUUUCAUUUCUGAAAAUUUUACUGGAAGUUAUUUUUAUUAAUUAAUUAUCGUACAACGCAGAGCUGUUAAAGGGACAUUCCACUUUUUUGAAAAUAUGCUCAUUUUCCAUCUUCCCUAGAGUUAAACAUUUGAUUUUUACCAUUUUGAAAUCCAUUCAGCUGACAUCUGGGUCUGGCGGUACCACUUUUAGCAUAGCUUAGCAUAAUCCAUUGAAUCUGAUUAGACCAUUAGCAUCGCGCUAAAAAAUAACCAAAGGGUUUUGAUAUUUUUUCUAUAUAAAACUUGACUCUUCUGUAGUUACAUCGUGUACUAAGACCGACAGAAAUUUUUUUUUUUUGAUUUUCUAUUCAGAUAUGUGUAGGAACUAUACUCUCAUUCUGGCGUAAUAAUCAAGGACUUUGCUGCUGUAACAUGACUGCAGGAGGUGUAGUGAUAUUACGCACUGCCUGAAAAAAGUCCCCUUGCUUACAUUCAAUAGCAGGGGACCAUUUUUGGGCAGUGCGUAAUAUCACUACGCCUCCUGCAACUCUUUGGCUAUUUUUUAGCGUGAUGUUAA